AGGGUAAAGAAAGGAAGAGGAAAUGAUGGAUGGAUGGGAGGAAGGGGAAAGAAAGGGAGGAAGAGGGGAGGAAGUCAGGAAGCGAAAGAAGGGGUCGGGCGUGGGGCUGCUGGGCCUCGGUGCUGGCUGCCGGGGCCUUGUCCUUUUGCGCAGCGCGGAAGGAAGGAAGGAAGGGGAAGAAGGCGGCGGCGGCGGCGGAGGAGGCGAGGCGAGGAGGAAGGCGUCAGGGGCCUGCGAAGGAAGGAGGCAGGGGAGCCCGCCUGGCCGCCCGGCCUGCCGCUUGCCUGCCUGCCUGCCUGCCUGCCUUCCUUCCUCUGCGUCCGGGGAUGCUGCUGCUGGCCCUGGGCGACCCUCCUCCUCCUGCUCCGGCCAUGGAGGCCCCGGCCAGCAGCCCCAGCAGCAGCAGCAGCAGCAGCACUGGCCCCGGGCUGGUGAUCCGGAUCCGGAUCCCGGAAGGCGGCGCCGUGGACUGGAGCGUCCACCCGGAGCCCCGGCUCCUCUUCAGGGACGUCCUGGAUGUGAUUGGUCAGGUUCUGCCCGAUGCGACGACGACAGCCUUUGAAUAUGAAGAUGAGGAUGGCGACCGGAUUACUGUCAGAAGCGAUGAAGAAAUGAAAGCUAUGCUGUCCUAUUAUUAUACAACAGUAAUGGAGCAGCAAGUAAAUGGACAAUUGAUAGUGCCUCUGCAGAUCUACCCAAGAGCUUGCAAACCUCCUGGGAAACGGAACAUACAUGGCCUGAAGGUAAAUACGCGCGCCGGGUCUGCUAACAAUAGCGGCGCAGCCGUCCCAGACUCCCUUCCAAGCAAUAGUUUGAAGAAGUCGUCUGCAGAGCUGAAGAAGAUCUUAGCUAAUGGCCAGAUGAAUGAACAAGACAUACGGUAUCGAGACAUCCUCGGUCACGGCAACGGAGGAACCGUCUACAAAGCCAACCACGUCCCCAGUGGGAAAAUAUUAGCUGUUAAGGUGAUCCCUUUAGAUAUUACAUUGGAACUUCAGAAGCAGAUUAUGUCGGAGUUAGAAAUUCUUUACAAGUGUGAUUCAUCCUAUAUCAUAGGAUUUUAUGGCGCUUUUUUUGUAGAAAACAGGAUUUCCCUUUGUACUGAAUUCAUGGACGGGGGCUCUUUAGACGUCUACAGAAAAAUUCCAGAACAUGUCCUGGGACGAAUAGCCGUAGCGGUUGUUAAAGGCCUUACAUAUUUAUGGAGCUUAAAAAUUUUGCAUAGGGAUGUAAAGCCCUCAAAUAUGUUGGUGAAUACCAGAGGCCAGGUCAAGUUGUGCGACUUUGGGGUUAGCACACAGCUGGUGAAUUCCAUUGCCAAGACAUACGUCGGCACAAACGCCUACAUGGCGCCUGAACGAAUUUCAGGAGAGCAGUAUGGCAUUCAUUCCGACGUUUGGAGUCUAGGAAUUUCCUUUAUGGAGCUUGCUCUCGGGAGGUUCCCGUAUCCUCAGAUUCAGAAAAACCAGGGAUCUUUGCAGCCUCUCCAGUUACUCCAGUGCAUUGUUGAUGAGAAAUCGCCCGUCCUUCCGGUUGGGGAGUUCUCGGAGCCGUUUGUACACUUCAUCACUCAAUGUAUGAGAAAGCAACCAAAAGAACGGCCGGCCCCAGAAGAGUUAAUGGGUCACCUCUUCAUUGUCCAGUUCAACGACGGCAAUGCCGAGGUGGUGUCCAUGUGGGUUUGCCGGAUGCUUGAAGAGAGGCGUUCACAGCAGCAACAACAACAAGGGUCUCAUUGAACAAGACGGAUGCUGUAUGUUCAAGAGAAAGUAAGAGAUACUUGCCAAAGCCCACUCAGACUACCUUCGCUUUCGUAGGAGAUUUUCCUCCGCUGCAUUUCAUCCAAAGAAGGCGUUUGGAUAUUCUAUAAAGCUAAAGCAAAGACUGCCAUGCACACACUCACUAUCACCUUAUCCUGCAUCACGAGGACUUAUUCAGCACAUUUAAGACAAUAUUAUUAUUAUAUAUAUUUUAUUAAACCAAAUAUAUAUUUCCUUG